AUUCCGAUCAUGCCCAACUCAGCUGUCGCCGCGGGUUGGACGUAGCCGAUGUGUCGAAAGAUCCGGCCCCUACUACGCAACCGGUUAUGCGUCACGUUCCGGUUGUAUUCCCGACUUCUAGAACUUUCAUUGUUGCACCAUUCUCAAGGAUGUCCGGUCGUCGAACAGAGAGUAAUCAGCAAGGUGCUCCUGCAGGUUUGCGAAAUCGAGCUAGACCAGAAUCCACUCUGUCCUCCAAACAGCUCGCACCAUUUGGAAGCACGACUUCGAGACAGGAACAGGUGAAGUAUUCGCGGAAUCCCCAGUCAAAAUUUUGCGGAUUUACUCGACAGUGCUCUCUGCAGAAUCGUCUGCAACCACCAGAAAAUUCCAGGUUUUGUGAGCGAUCCUCCUGCUUUUGCUUAACUCCCCAGCAGCAGUCGUUACGUUCUGCAAAAACAGAAACGAGCCAAUCACCGAACGCUUUCGAUGGAGCUCUUUCAUCGCCAACUUACUUGCAGGCUCUGCUCGAAUCACCUGUAAAAAACAGGAAAGAAACUGCGGAUUCCCCGAAACCACUUAAAUAUAUUAAAAUUCACUACGGACCUUCACCUGCACCUGUCAUCAAGCAGCAACCGCUACGAACACGUUCCACGGAUAUCCCUUCGCCAGACACUGACCGCUUCCGGGAACAGUGCCCAGCUGAUUUUGAUUACUACAAGUACUUGAGACCGGCGCGCCGUGACCGAUCAAAUGCACAGAAUCAGAGAGUAACAGUUGUUUCAGCAAUACCUGAUGAUGCAAUAGAAGUGAGAAAAAAGACACCCUGUUAUGCACAAUCAGAACGCCCUAGUACCAUAUAUAGUGUUAACACAUAGAC